UUCUGAAGGGCACAGUCGGAAAUCCAUCGUCGGAGUAAGAAGCUCCAAACUCGGAUGCUACGAAGUUGAGCGCCGGUAAUGUCCGUUUGACACCUGGAUUAGUAAUGGCGGUACAUUUGAAAGACAGAGAAGCCUACGAAAGACUGAACUACCUGUACCAGGCUGCGCACUGUGUCUUAUCUCAAAACCCAAACAACGUGGAGUUGGCUCGGUUCUACUGCUUCACACAGAAAACGAUAGCAAGACGGCUGGUUCUCAGGCAAGACCCAUCAGUGAAGAGAACUGUGUGUAAGAAAUGCUGGUCACUGCUCAUCCCCGGUGUUACUGCCACAACAAGACAGCGGAGAAAAAACAAAAAGAAUCGCUUUACUGUAGUGAGGUGUCUCGGCUGCGGCCAGACCAAGAAUCUACUGAAUAAUCCAGAUCAUUGUUUGUGGGCGGACCGACCCGAGGCACAGCUGGAGCAGCGGAAACAAUCUGAUCCAGGCCCUUCAGCUAAAAAUCAGCCCAAAUGCCCAAAAGCUGAUGGGUCCCAGUCUUCGAAAACACAUGCUGCUCAGAGUUCUACCAGCACAUAGGUUGUUUUGUUUUGUUUUAAAAUAGAAAGCAUACUUUGGAUAAAUACAGUGGCUAAUAUAUAUAUAUUUUUUAAUUUAUUUCACUGAAUACAUGCUGCAAAUUGCGCAUUUUUUCCACAAGUUUUUUUUUUGUCUAAAUAUAAACAAAGUUGAAGCUACAUUUAUUGUUUUUACAUUUUUUCCAAAUAUUUCACAUAAUGCAUCCUUUGCUGUUCAGUUAAAGUAAACCUCUUAUUAGCAUUGAC